GCGCCGUCGACACGCAACAUGUCGCCCGCCGUCGUGGCCGCGCUCGUCGGACUGUACCUGCCGCUGUGUUUGGCCAAUUUCCUGGGGAUGUUCGCCGUGCAGCAGAACCCGCCCGAUCCCUGUUACGACGAAACCAACGAACCCCGCAGAUGCAUUCCCGACUUCGUCAACGCCGCCUUCGGAAAGGAAGUCAAGGCGUCGAGCGAGUGCGGCAACCCGCCCAGUCGCUACUGCGUCACGUCCGGCGACGACAAGGGAGAGAUCGUGCGGAACUGCCAGAUCUGCGACGCCGGCCACCCCAAGCGACGACACCCGGUGGCUUACCUGACCGACCUGAACAACCCCAACAACGUCACCUGCUGGAUGUCGGAGCCUUUCGGGCAGUCGCUACACAACGUUUCUCUGACGUUGAGUUUGGGCAAGAAGUACGAACUGACCUACAUCAGUCUGCAGUUCUGUAACCAGAAACCCGAUUCGCUGGCCAUUUAUAAGAGCAUGGAUUACGGCAAGACGUGGCACCCCUUCCAGUACUACUCCAGCCAGUGCCGCAAGAUGUACGGGCGCCAGAACAGGGCCAUCAUCACCAAGGCCAACGAGCAGGAGCCCCUUUGUACCGACGCCCAGUCCAACGUGGAGCCCGCCUCGGGGGCGCGCAUCGCUUUCAGCACGCUGGAGGGAAGGCCGUCCGCCUACGACUUCGACAACAGCCCCGUGCUGCAGGACUGGGUCACCGCCACCGACGUCAAAGUGGUCUUCAACAGACUCAGCGGAUGGACCCCCGAACCCACCGACAACGAGUCCUACGCGCAGCGCGAAAGCCACUACUACUCCGUCUCCGACUUGGCCGUCGGAGGCAGGUGCAAGUGCAACGGACACGCUUCCCGCUGCGUCCACAACCGCGACGGACUCCUGGUGUGCGACUGCAAGCACAACACCGCCGGACGAGACUGCGAGAAGUGCAAACCUUUCCACUUCGACCGACCCUGGGGCAGAGCCACCGCUCACGAGGCGCACGAAUGCGUCGCCUGCAACUGCAAUCUGCACGCCAGAAGAUGCCGCUUCAACAUGGAAUUGUACAAACUGUCGGGCAGGAAGAGCGGAGGAGUCUGCCUCAAGUGUCGACACAACACCGCCGGACGGCACUGCCACUACUGCAAGGAGGGAUACUACAGGGACGCCACCAAGCCCGUCACCCAUCGGAAGGCCUGCAGAGCCUGCGACUGUCACCCCGUAGGCGCUUCGGGCAGGACCUGCAACCAGACCACCGGCCAGUGUCCUUGCAAGGACGGAGUGACCGGCGUCACCUGCAAUCGCUGCGCCAAGGGCUACCAGCAGAGUCGAUCUCCCAUCGCUCCUUGCAUUAAGAUCCCGCGGAUCGACGCGCCCAAGCACUCCGUCUCCUCUCAAGACAGGUGCGCCGGCUGCAAGGUAUCGAAGAAGAGAGUCAACCUGAACAAAUACUGCAAGAGGGAUUACGCCAUGCAGGCCAACGUCUUGUCCAGGGAGACCUUGGGAGAAUGGGUGAGAUUCACCGUUCACGUCAUGCAGGUGUACAAACAAGGACCGAGUAAAGUCAGGAGAGGAACGCAGUUUCUCUGGGUCAGUCUGGCCGAUUUGGCCUGCAAAUGCCCUAAACUACGCGUCAAAAACACCUACCUCAUCUUAGGUAAAGACGACAGACACUCGGAACAUCCGGGUCUGUCGGCCGACGGUCGCAGCAUCGUCAUCGAGUGGAAGGACGAUUGGGCCAGACGCCUGCGACGGUUCCAGCGGCGACAGAGGAAGGGGAGAUGCAAGAACUGACGCGGGCGCCUCCGGAUCUCUUCGGCCACGGUCGCGCGCGGAUCACCCGUAGCCUUUCCACCUCCAAAUUCGAGGCGACGUCCCGCCGACGGCGCGGCGCGGGAGGAGACGGCGUUUUCUUCCGUCGGCCGAUUCCCCAUCGUCGGUGGGGGACGCGUCUCUAUCGAGUUCCUAUAGCCUCUGUGUCGUGUUGGUGUGGUCAAGUCUUUCGCUCGACGCGCGUUCCGGUUCCCAUCGGUCCGCCCAUCUCUGGUGGUCGACCGCCCCCCUCCGAAUAAGAAUUACAGCGGUUGCGAGAAGCGGGGCGGCGGUCGUUCGGAUUGCGAUUUUUUUUCUCACCAGGUAUUUCCAGGUUCGGACCGUCGAGUUCCGCUUUAAACGGACCAGACGGAACGACGGGAAUAUCGCUAAAUCAAAAGACUCGAAAUAACGUUUUUCUCCGUUAUUUUAAUUUGGCGCAAAACUCGGGCCUUUGGCGGGAAAUGGCGGCUGGCGAAGAAGAGAAGGGCAAUUCUUGUCGGUCCGGAGCCUUCCCAACGGCGACCGACCGAGAUAUAAAAACGGAAAGGGACCGCGGGCGACCGGCGGUCGGGACGAUCCGGUGUUGCCACCGGAGACGCCUCUCGGACGAAACGGUUUGCGCCAGUUAAACGACAAUGGCUCGAUUCCAGUUUUUAUAUUAUUAUUAUUUUUAAUAUUAUUAUUAUUAUUGCACUUUUGUAUUAUCGCACCUUCCUGCAAUUUUGUAUAUAAUUUUACUUAAGAAGGGCCUUUUAUUUAUGACGCGACGCCAAGGUACAUUUUUCCAUAUUUUGUUCCGAGGAGUGGUCGACGUUACGACGCGCGCCGGACGGUUCCGUGGCGGGGUCGAGUCGAACGACGAGUCGUGGCUUCUUACGUGUCCGUGACGUAACCGAGAUGUUGGAUGUACAUUCGAUAUAUCGUUAGAAGGUAGCUUAAUUCCGGUGGCCGAACGUUUUUGUACUCGGUCGAGUGCGGUAUUGUCUUGGUUGUCGUCACCGAAAUGUCUCCUUUUUCUUAAUCUUGGACGUGUGUUUGGAAACGAGAAAUUUCCGCCGGAAAUAUCGCAGUCUUUACUCUUAAAAUAAGAAUUAUUCCGAAACGCUUACGACUCACGUUUCGUCUGGAAGAAAUCGUCGGUUUGACAAAGAUUUAACUCUAAGAGUUUGUUAAAGAUUUUAAAAAAAUAUUUCUCCAUAAAACUCAUUUUGUUGCCGCUUUAAUAAAUUUUGAGUAUCGAAAUCCCGACUCUUUUCUCUUUCUUUACCGUUUUCGG